GUUCUGAAGAAUGUAAGAAUAGGAAUCAGAUACGUACUGCUACAAAAAUAGGCAAGAAAACAAUGGCUUCUGCCACUAUAUAAAAGCGCUACUUCUUGAAAUCAACUUGAUCAGCUUUUUGCGCCAGUCUAUCUUUGCAUUUUCUUGGAUGGACACGAAGGUUGAGAAGGACCAAGGAGACGAAUUAAAGAAGAGGAUCGUUAUUGGAACAUGGGGUGGUCAUGGUGGAAGCCCUUGGGAUGAUGGUAGUUUCAAUGGAGUGAGAGAAAUUACCCUUGUCUAUUCUCUUUGUGUAGACUCCAUGACUGUGGUCUAUGACCAAAAUGGCAAGCCUUAUCAAGCAGAGAAGCGCGGAGGAGUUGGAGGCAAUAGAACUGCUCAGAUUAAGCUGCAAUUUCCAGAAGAAUACCUGACGAGUGUUAGCGGCUAUUAUUCUCCAGUGGUGUAUGGUGGCACUCCUGUGAUAAGAUCCCUCACUUUUAGCAGCAACAAAAGAAAAUUUGGACCAUUUGGUGUAGAAGGAGGAACACCAUUUUCAUUGCCAAUGGAAGGUGGCCAGAUUGUAGGUUUUAAAGGGAGAAGUGGCUGGUAUUUAGAUGCUAUUGGCUUCUAUAUUGCUAAAGUAAAGACAACUACAGUCUUACAGAAGGCUCAAAAAAGCCUUAUGAAACUUGCAUCUACUGUGUCUAUGAACUACAGAUAUGGAGAUGAACCAAAAAAGCACUCCUAUUUCUACAAACCAAGUGUUCCAAAAAAUGAGGCAUAAGGGAACUUGACCACAAAUCAGUCAACCAGGAUCCGAGCGAUGCAAAGAAGAAAGUUUACUAGGGAAAGAUCUCCCUAAAGACUUGUGUCCAUUCAGAGUUUGUAACUCAACUAUAUGUACUAAGAAAAUAAAGUACAAUGAUUUGAAUAUA